GACACACACAUACAGGAGGCCCCCAUCGCAUUUACACACACAUUUAAAUCAUUUUUGUUUCAUAUGUUUCGAGUGAAUGUCAAAAUUGUUCGUAUACCAAAAUAGGUGAAUAUAUAGUGUGUGUUUAUAGAUAAAUCAACCGAAUUUCAGUAAAAACAACAAAAAGGAAAAUAAAACCCCAACCCAACCAAGGCUAAUGUGGCGGCGAAGCAGUUUAGCAUAAGGCGCAGCAGCAGCGACCAAACACACACGAGUUUUUUUCUGACAGAAAACUCUGAAAUUCUGUGUGUGAUUUUUGCAUAAAAAUCAGUUGUGUGUGGAAAAAUCAAUUGGAAGAUUAUAUUGCAAGUAUAACAGCAAUAGAGGCAAUAACAACAACAUGGAUAGCGCCGGUAAAAAUCGUUAUGAACUCUUGUUCAUGGACGACGAUGUUGGCGAUCCAUUAGAUAAUCUUGUCGCGGCCAAGAAGAAGCAGCAGCCAUCAACUGGCGCCUCAGCAGCGGCGGGCAACACAAAAACGGCGCCAACUGCCAAAGCAGCGAAGCAGCCAGCGGGCACAGCAUCAGCAGCCGCCGCGAACAAAAAGCCAAAUCAAGCCGAAAAGGAAAACAAACCAGGUGCACUCAACAAAAAUGAUGGCAAGAAAACGGCACAGGGCAACAACAACAAUGACAAACUGAACGGCAAACAAGGUGGGGCUGGGGCUGGCUCGACGGUCGCUGCGCGCAAAACACGUGAAACUGGUCAAGGGCAGCAGCAACAACAACAGCGCAAUGUCAAUUUUCGUCAACAGAAUGGAGGAGGUGGCGGCGCCGGGGGUGAGGUAACGCGCGAGCAGCGCAACAAUCGCCGCAACGUGCGCGAAAAUGGCGCUCCGGGUGGCAACUCUGGCAAUUCGACUGGUGCCGAUGGCAAUCCUCGACCAUAUCGCGCCUCCGGCGGCUUUGGUGGUGAUCGGCCACAGCGCCAGAAUCGCAACUUUGAGGGCAACAAUCGUAAACGUGAAUUUGAUCGUCAAUCGGGCUCUGAUAGAACUGGUGUCAAGGCAAUUGAUAAACGCGAUGGAGCUGGCGCUCACAAUUGGGGCUCGGUUAAGGAGGCCAUCGAUGAUGUUAACAAGAGCAAUGAAGGCGGCAACAACAAUGACUCCAAUGCAAACAACUCUAACAAUACCGAAGGCAAAGCCGAAGAAUCUGGCAAUGAGCAAUCGAACGAACAAACACCACCAGAGGAAGAGACCAAAGAGCUGACCCUAGACGAAUGGAAGGCCCAACAGCAGCAGCGCAUUAAGCCCAAGUUUAACAUACGCAAAGCCGGGGAAGGUGAGGACACGUCGCAAUGGAAGAAAAUGAUUGUGCUGAACAAUAACAAAAAGAAGGAGAACGAAAGCGAAGAGGAACUUGAAUACGAUCCUGCCAUGUAUCCGCAACGCGUGGGCCGUCAGCAGCGCGUCCUUGACAUUCAAUUCAAUUUUAACGACGGUCGUCGUGGCGGCGGCGCCGGCAACUUCAAUGGACGCGGACGCAACGGACCACGCGGCGGCGGACCACGCAGCGAGGGCAAUCGGGGCGGACCGCAACAGAGCGGUGGACAGCAAGGCGGCAACAAUGCCGAUGGCGGCAAUGUGGGUGGCAGCGGUGGCAAUGGCUCAUCUGUUCGUGCCGAAGGUGGUAAUCGGCCGCCGAUUGAGCGUCGCGGCUUGGGCGGUGGCAUUGGAGGUGGACAUGCUGGCAAGCGUUUUGGCAACGAGCGGCAACAGAAUGCUGCGCCCAAGGUCAACGAUGAGCGUCAGUUCCCAACGCUCGCCUAAGCUAAAUUUGGAGAUUAAAUGUUGGAAGAGCAGAGAGGAGCAGAACGAAAAGGAGCUGAGGUUGGGAGGCGCUCGAUAGAGGCGCCGGGGCGUGCAUUCAAUUUUUAAGAGUUGGCAUCUGCAGAUUAGGAGCAGAAACAGAUAACCAAUAUAUAUAUCACUCACACUCACAUACACACCCACACUCAUACACACAAACACACACACAUAC